AUGUCGAGCCGGCAGCUGAAGAAGCUGCACAAGCAGCAGGAGCUCCUCCGGCUCCAGAACCUCGCUGCUGACGAAGAUGGCGCCUCAGAGGAAGAAGAGGUCACGCCACCCAAACCCAAGACGAGCGGCUUCGCCGGAUUCGCCGCCCUAGGAGGUGACCAAGACGAUGACGAUGAUCACGACGACGACGACGUGGACGACAAGCAGCAGGAAGCCGAGCCUGAACCUCAACCUGAAGCGAGUGCAGCGUCGCCGACGCCUGCGAAAAAGAACAAAAAGUCCAAGAAGAAGAAGAUGAAGAAGGCAAAGAAGGCUGCUGCUGGCGCUGCAGAAGACGCCGACCAUGUUCAAGAAAAGGACGCCGAACUAGACGACAUCGACAAGGCGCUUAAAGAGCUCAGCAUGAAGCCCUUGUCCGAAAAUACGGCAGAGCAGAGCAGAUAUAGCUCCUACGACACAAGGGUAGCACGGCUCCUGAGCAUCAGCUUCGACCACCUGAAGGUCAUCAACGAGCUCCGCGCCAUGUUCGGGCAGGAGACGCUCGACUCGGUGCGAAACCAAGACGAGGCACAAGCCCGGGACGAGAGGCGGCGGAAUCGACGCGGCGGGCCCCACCAGAUACAAAUGGACAUGGAGACAUUCCUGAAGGGAAGGCCCGGCGAGAAGAUACCAGAGGUGGUCUUGAGGAGGAACCCGUUUGUCCAGGGCAAGGAGCACUGGCCAAAGGCAGCCGCUGGUGGUCUGAAGAUGGAAGCUGUCACGGACGAGAGGGUCGAGCCGACCGAGUAUACCUUCACCCACGACGAGGGGUAUGGGCGGAUGGAGAUGCAGUUCUUCAGCCUGGUGGACAUGUUGGACCCCAUGCGGAUAGUGCAUUUUGUUCAGCAGAACCCGUACCAUGUCAGCGGGCUCAUCCUGACCAGCUACGUGGCCCAGCACGACCACAACGCCGCACUAGCAGGAGACCUCUGCGAGCGAGCCCUCUUCACGUUCGGCAGAGUGACGUUGUCGUCUUUCCGUAAGAAGCUGGAGCGCGGGCUGGCGCGGCUUGACUUCAGGCGGCCAGAGAACAGACAGUUCUGGCUCGCUGGGUACCACUAUAUCAAGAGCCUGAUGCAGAAGGGCACCUACGAUACGGCGCUCGAAUGGACCAAGCUCUUCCUGAGCCUCUCGCCAAAGGAUGAAUAUGCCCUAAUGAAUUUCACCCACGUGUUGGCCAUCCACGCCUACGAGGCGAAAUGGCUGAUUGCCAUCUGCGAUUCGUCAUACUUCAACAGUGACGAGUACGACUUGCCGAUGAAGGAGUAUCACAGGCAGACGUGCGUUCUGGCCAAGCUCCAGCUCGGUAAUAAGGAGGGAGCCUUGAAGGAUCUGGUCAAGGGCAUGGAGACGCUGCCCUGGCUCUAUUCGGCACUCUGCAGCGCCGUGAACAUUGACACGCCACGACCGGUCUGGGGCGUCCAGCCUCGAGACGACAAUGAUGCCCUGUACACAGAGCUCUAUAUCCACAUGGCCAAAGACCUCUGGAAGCGCGAUGGUACUGAGAUCCUGAAGGAAGCGGGCGAGGGGGCCAACAAGGUCGACCCGCACUCCCUACCUGCGGCCAAGGACAUACCCCUCAGCAUUGGGCGCUUCAUCUACCUGGACAGCACGCCGGACCUGAUGGGACUCGUGCCCCCAGGCAUGCUGCAUGCCUCACCCAACUUCGACUACGAUCCUCUGCCGCCACCCCGGGAAGAGAACAUCUUCUCCAACCAGUGGCAGAGCCAGCCGUGGCGGCGAGACGGGUCACGCAUGGAGCACUUCCGGCGGGCCGACAUGGACGCA